UUCCUGAAUACAAAACUUAGAGUUACUUAGCCACUGAAAGGUAGUGUGUUUGCUCCACACAACAUAAAGACUUUAACCAUCAACAAGUACAAUGGCAGCUUUGCAGAAUGAGCUUACAGAAAAAAAGCCUUCACAGAACACAGAACAGAAGGAAACGUCCUGGAUGCCUUCUUCUAAACUAUUUGUUUGUUUGGGAUGUUUGCUUAUGGUAUUUCUUGGGAUUCAGAUGCAACAGAACAAGUCUUCAAGUGAACAAGUUCAAGAAUCCAGUGACGAGCUUCGGAUCCUGAUGAUCGGAAAGACAGGUGUGGGCAAAAGUGCAACAGGAAACACCAUCCUCGGUAAAAAGGCUUUUAAAUCUGAUAUGUCUUCUUCAUCUGUAACCACACAGUGUGAGAAAGAAAAUGGACUUGUUUAUGGCAGAAAAGUGUCUGUUAUUGACUCACCAGGGCUGUUUGACCCUCAGUUAUCUGUAGAUGAGGUGGUCGGUCGGAUUAAGCUGUGCAUUCCCUUCUCUGCUCCAGGACCUCAUGUCUUUUUAGUUGUGAUUCAAAUAAGCAGAUUUACAGAGGAAGAAGAAAAAACAGUUCAGCUAUUUCAAGAAAUCUUUGGAGAAAAGUCCUCCAGGUACACUAUGGCUCUCUUCUCUCAUGGAGAUCAACUAAAGGGGAAAAAUAUUCAUCAGUUUGUUCGGAACAAUACAAAGCUUUUGAAUUUUAUCAAGAAAUGCAAUGGAGGAUACCAUGUGUUUAAUAAUGAAGACCAGAAUCCAGAACAAGUCAUCCAGCUUCUGGACCAGAUUGAUAUGAUGGUCACUGUAAAUGGUGGAGAACAUUACACUACAGAGAUGCUUCAGGAAGCUGAACUUCGAAUCCUGAUGAUCGGAAAGACAGGUGUGGGCAAAAGUGCAACAGGAAACACCAUCCUCGGUAAAAAGGCUUUUAAAUCUGAUAUGUCUUCUUCAUCUGUAACCACACAGUGUGAGAAAGAAAAUGGACUUGUUCAUGGCAGAAAAGUGUCUGUUAUUGACUCUCCAGGGCUGUUUGACACUCAGUUAUCUGUAGAUGAGGUGGUCGGUAGGAUUAAGCUGUGCAUUCCCUUCUCUGCUCCAGGACCUCAUGUCUUUUUAGUUGUGAUUCAAAUAAGUAGAUUUACAGAGGAAGAAGAAAAAACAGUUCAGCUAUUUCAAGCCAUUUUUGGAGAAAAGUCUUCCAGGUACACUAUGGCUCUCUUCACUCAUGGAGAUCAACUAAAGGGGAAAAAUAUUCAUCAGUUUGUUCGAAACAAUACAAAGCUUUUGAAUUUUAUCAAGAAAUGCAAUGGAGGAUACCAUGUGUUUAAUAAUGAAGACCAGAAUCCAGAACAAGUCAUCCAGCUUCUGGACCAGAUUGAUAUGUUGGUCACUGUAAAUGGUGGAGAACAUUACACUACAGAGAUGCUUCAGGAAGCAGAGAGAGCAAUAGAAGCAGAAAAACAGCGGAUCCUAAAAGAAAAUGAAGCACAGAGAAAGAAGGAGAUGGAAGAGCUAAAGAAGAAGUUUGAAGGGGAGGCAUUGGAGAUAGCAAAAGAGCAACUAAAUUGGGAACAUAUAAGAGCAGCAAGAAUGAAAGCUGAGAGAAGCACUUCUCUGUUUGAACGUAUAGGCAAUUUCAUCAAGCGAAUUGUCACAGCGAUUAUAAAUGUUUUUAAAGCUGAGGAUAUCAUUAAAGGAGAAUCGGUGGUGGGUCAUCAGGUAGUUUUAGCUGACAUCUUUAACAUAGUAAAAGUAGAUAAGUCUCAUGGUACAAUGGCAGCUUUGCAGAAUGAGCUUACAGAAAAAAAGCCUUCACAGAACACAAAACAGAAGGAAACAUCCUGGAUGCCUUCUUCUAAACUAUUUGUUUGUUUGGGAUGUUUGCUUAUGGUAUUUCUUGGGAUUCAGAUGCAACAGAACAAGUCUUCAAGUGAACAAGUUCAAGAAUCCAGUGACGAGCUUCGGAUCCUGAUGAUCGGAAAGACAGGUGUGGGCAAAAGUGCAACAGGAAACACCAUCCUCGGUAAAAAGGCUUUUAAAUCCGAUAUGUCUUCUUCAUCUGUAACCACACAGUGUGAGAAAGAAAAUGGACAUGUUCAUGGCAGAAAAGUGUCUGUUAUUGACUCACCAGGGCUGUUUGACACUCAGUUAUCUGUAGAUGAGGUGGUCGGUCGGAUUAAGCUGUGCAUUCCCUUCUCUGCUCCAGGACCUCAUGUCUUUUUAGUUGUGAUUCAAAUAAGUAGAUUUACAGAGGAAGAAGAAAAAACAGUUCAGCUAUUUCAAGAAAUCUUUGGAGAAAAGUCCUCCAGGUACACCAUGGCUCUCUUCAGUCAUGGAGAUCAACUAAAGGGGAAAAAUAUUCAUCAGUUUGUUCGAAACAAUACAAAGCUUUUGAAUUUUAUCAAGAAAUGCAAUGGAGGAUACCAUGUGUUUAAUAAUGAAGACCAGAAUCCAGAACAAGUCAUCCAGCUUCUGGACCAGAUUGAUAUGAUGGUCACUGUAAAUGGUGGAGAACAUUACACUACAGAGAUGCUUCAGGAAGCAGAGAGAGCGAUAGAAGCAGAGAAAGAGCGGAUCCUCAAAGAAAAUGAAGCACAGAGACAGAAGGAGAUGGAAGAGCUAAGGAAGAAGUUUGAAGGAGAGGCAUUGGAGAAAGCAAAAGAGCAACUAAAUGAGGAACAUAUAAGAGCAGCAAGAAUGGCAGCUGAGAGAAGCACUUCUCUAUUUGGAAGAAUAGGCAAUUUCUUCAAGCGAAUUGUCACAGCGAUUAUAAAUGUUUUUAAUUAACAACUUGUAAGAUCAGAAUCCUGCCUUGAUGCCCAAUGACGCCUGAGAUUGGCACAGGCUCCCUGUGACCCGAGAAUAGUUCAGAUAAGCAGUAGAAAAUGAAUGAA